CCUUUGUCGGAUUGAUGUUACUGUUAAAAAUCUUUACUGGGCUGAUAGUGGUGACUUGGUGGCAAUUACCAGUGAUACAUCUUUCUAUAUCCUAAAGUACAAUAGGGAUGUAGUUCAAUCUUCCUUAGAUAGUGGAACACCAGUUGACGAGCAGGGAGUUGAGGAUGCAUUUGAGCUUCUUCAUGAAACCAAUGAACGUGUCAGGACCGGGAUAUGGGUUGGAGACUGUUUCAUUUACAAUAACUCUUCGUGGAGACUUAAUUACUGUGUUGGUGGAGAGGUCACCACAAUGUUUCAUUUGGACCGUCCAUGUACUUGUUGGAAUAUCUUGCAAGUCAAAGUCGGGUGUAUCUGAUAGACAAAGAGUUUAAUGUAAUGGGAUACACAUUACUUCUCAGCCUGAUCGAGUACAAGACACUUGUGAUUCGCGGAGACCUGGAAAGGGCCAAUGAAAUUUUACCUUUUAUUCCUAAAGGCUAAAGAGCACCAUAAUAGUGUUGCUCGUUUCCUGGAAUCACGAGGUAUGAUAGAGGAUGCUCUUGAAGUAGCUACGGACCCUGAUUACAGAUUUGAGCUGUCCAUUCAGCUUGGUAGAUUAGAGAUUGCUAGGCUAGAACUGGCUGAACAAUGCAUGAAGCAUGCAAUGGACCUGAGCGGUUUAUUGUUACUUUAUUCCUCACUGGGAGAUGCUGAAGGAAUAGCAACACUUGCAUCUCUUUCCAAAGAACAAGGGAAGAACAAUGUAGCUUUUCUUUGUUUAUUUAUGUUGGGUAAAUUGGAGGAUUGCCUUCAGCUUUUGUUGGAAAGCAAUCGGAUACCAGAGGCUGCUUUGAUGGCACGAUCUUAUCUUCCAAGCAAAGUUUCAGAGAUGGUAGCAAUUUGGAGAAAAGACCUCAACAGGCUAGAACUGGCUGAACAAUGCAUGAAGCAUGCAAUGGACCUGAGCGGUUUAUUGUUACUUUAUUCCUCACUGGGAGAUGCUGAAGGAAUAGCAACACUUCCAUCUCUUUCCAAAGAACAAGGGAAGAACAAUGUAGCUUUUCUUUGUUUAUUCGUGUUGGGUAAAUUGGAGGAUUGCCUUCAGCUUUUGUUGGAAAGCAAUCGGAUACCAGAGGCUGCUUUGAUGGCACGAUCUUAUCUUCCAAGCAAAGUUUCAGAGAUGGUAGCAAUUUGGAGAAAAGACCUCAACAGGAUUGGGAACUUUCUCUUUCUGUAUCCAAAGUGGCAGAAACAAGCGGUGUUUAUCCUCCUGCAGCGGAUUAUUUGAAUCAUGCUGAUAGAUCGAAGUUGAUACUUGUGGAGGCUUUCAGAAGCAUGCAAAUCGAGGAUGACGAGCCUCUUGAAAUGGUGAACUUGAUUAUGAGGCUGCAGGACUGAAUGGGCAUGGUCAAAACGCAGAGCAGAAUGGAGAAGAUGGUAGCCAAGAGGAGCCUGUUGUUGUAGAUGCUGAUUCUAAUGAUGGCGCAGUACUCGUUAAUGGUAACAAGGAAGAAGAGUGGGUGCUUACACCAGAUCACUAGGUUUUAUGAAGACACUCAGUUUGAGCUCCAUUCAGCAUGUACUUAAGAUUUCAAACUAGAAGCUAGAAAGAUGUGAAAUAUAAUUGCUGAUUGUCUUUGCAUUCCCGAUGAGUUGGAUCUUGCAAGCACAUUGAAUUUUGGGAUGGAGCAUAUACAAGUUAUUCGGUUAGCUUUCAAAUUAUGAUUUCAGUUACUUGUCUAAGGUUUUAGCAUAUUCUUUGAGGCAUUCAGUCCUAAAAAAAACUUAAGAAACUUGUCUAAGUUGAAACAUAAAACGCACUGAGGUGAAACAUAAAACAAAAAUUUGAAGAAACUAAUUGAUACGUGAGGGCACACAAGUUGAAGAUAUGAAGAAAAUUGCAAAUAUUAAAUUUGAAUUUCCCAUAGAUAGCACAUGAAUCUGGCAUGUCGAGUUCUUACAUAACCAAAAAUUUGCAUUUUCGGACAAUAAUUUGAAAUUACACGCUUAAGAAACUUCUAAAACAUGAUUAUUAAAAUAAAAAAGGGAUUGGAAGCUCUUCCCUCUUCAACACAUGAGGGGUUUAUAUUGUUUCUAAGAUCAAGGGAAGUGGUUCUGCAGCGAGGGCAGGAGUUUUCUUUUGAGAUGAGAGUCGAAUUCUGAGCUGAUUCUACACUGUGAAUGCAAGUGACCUGGAAUGGAGCACUUUGACCUGAAUGUGUCCAUAGUCAGGGUG